GUUGCAGUUUGCACCCGUUGGUUCGAAUUCGGAUUCGACCCGACUCCUUGAAUCAAUUGAAAAGCAGCAGGCCAGACGACGAUUCUCACCGUCCGGUUUUCUUUCUUCAAUUUGUCUGGUGACUUGGACGGUUAUCUGAUAUCUUUAUGGAUUAGGAUCUCUUGCAGUUCUGAUUUCAAGCCCUUGUUUGUCUCAAUUUCUUCUUUCGGCAAUGGCAUCCGGUUCGCGUAGAGGCGGUGAUUUCUAUGGAGCCUCUCCGUACAGAUCGAGAGAUGGACUUAGCACAAGACAAUCUGCUAGUUCUGAUGAAAUCCAGUUACAGAUUGAUCCGAUGACCGGGGACUUGGAUGAGGAGGUUACAGGUCUUCGUAAACAAGUUCGACAACUGAGAAAUGUAGCUCAAGAGAUACAAUCAGAGGCAAAGUUUCAGAACAACUUUCUCAAUGAGCUGCAAAUGACACUGAUCAAAGCUCAAGCAGGGGUGAAGAACAACAUGAGGAGACUGAACAAGCGCAUCAUCCAGCAGGGAUCAAACCACGUGGUUCACGUUGUUGUUUUUGCCCUUGUUUGUUUUACAGUGGUCUACUUCUGGUCCAAAUUUUCACAAAGAUAGAGAGCUCAGCUCUAUACCCUCCACAAAAAAUCAUGUGGCCUACCUACCACUUCAUAGAAAGACCUGGAAUAUCAGUUCCUUCCGUUAACAUCCAUGUUCAAAAAUGAAAAACCUUACCUUCUAAAUUGUACAGCACUACUGUCAACUA